UUUUCAUUGCUAUAUAUGGUGACAUCAACCAUGACACAAGCUAGCAUCAGUAGUGACUUGGAGUCACGCAGGGUCGAAGAGCUCGACCGUCUCCUUACUUUGCUCAAGCCGCGGAUUCUCCAGUAUGUCGAAUCAGCUGAUCCGCAAUCGGCAAACUACAAUCCAACAUCGCUUGGGACAUAUCAUGAACCCGAGUUUCUCAAACAGAAGAUUUUGAAUGGCGAUGAUUUGGCCGAGAAGUGCAGCGAGGAUGAGUUGUUUAAUGUUAUUGAUAAAGUGUUGGAGUACUCUGUCAACACUUGGAACCCGGGGUUCUUGGACAAGUUGUAUGCGCUGAACAACCCCAUUGGUGUGGUCUCGGAUAUCAUCUUAUCCAUGCUCAACACCAACUCUCACGUGUACACUGUAUCACCUGUGUUAUCAGUGAUUGAAAAUUACAUUGGAAGAAAGUAUGCGCGGUUGUUUUACACUAAGGACCAGGAAACGUGUGGUGGGUUGACGUUUGCUGGGGGAUCCUGGUCGAACGUUACCAGUUUGCAAAUUGCCAGAUCGAUGAGAUUCCCAGAUACUAAAGUCAAAGGGAACCAAGGGUACAAAUUUGCCAUUUACACUAGUAAGCACAGUCAUUAUUCCGUGGAGAAAGCUGCCAUUUUACUUGGAUUGGGGUCUGAGAAUGUGUUCAAGAUUGAUGUGAAUGCUGUAGGAACCAUGGAUGUUGCUAAAUUGAGAGAGACCAUUGCAACCACCAAGUCACAAGGGUACACUCCGUUGUACAUCAAUGCAACGGCAGGUACCACUGUAUUUGGUUCGUUUGAUCCAUUCACAGAAAUUGCAGCUGUGGCCAAGGAGUUUGGGGUCCAUUUCCACAUUGAUGGGUCCUGGGGAGGCAAUGUCAUAUUCUCGUCAAAAUACCGUGGCCGUCUUGCCGGAUGUGAAUUAGCUGAUUCCAUCACCGUCAACCCACACAAAAUGCUCGGUAUCCCCAACACCUGUUCAUUUUUGUUGCUUCCACAUGUAGCUCACUUCCAAACCGCCAUGUCGUUGCAAGCACCGUAUUUAUUCCAUGGCCGUGAGUCAGGUGAGGAAAACUAUGAUUUGGCCGAUGGAACCAUGGGAUGUGGAAGACGUAGUGACGCGUUCAAGUUCUACAUGGGCUGGCUCUACUACGGGACCGCGGGCUUUGAAGCUAGAGUCAACCAUGCAUUCACCAUCAUGGAAUAUUUCGUGGCUCGAAUCAGUGCCGAUUCUCGAUUUGAGUUGGUUGGAAGCAGCAAGGAAAACCUUCCCCAAUGUCUCCAAGUUUGCUUUUAUUACCAUCCAAGCUGUGGGUGUGACAAUACGAAAGUGACGCGAUUCAUUUCCAGAGAGUUGCACAAGAUGGGGAAAUAUCUUGUUGAUUUCAGUCCCAACGCCGACGGAUCAGAUAAGGGGGAGUUUUUCCGGGUGGUGUUCAAUUCUCCGAUCUUGACGAAUGACGUGAUUGACGAUUUGAUUGACUCAAUUGUGAAGGUGGGAGAACGGUGUGUGUAAAAAUGAAAAGAAUUCCCACGUUUUGUACAUAGUUGAUAGAUAAGAGACGUUGAUAGGCACGUUACAUUAUAGAAAUAGAUAAGCCAUUGUUA